CAAGACGGAAGGUUUUAGUCUUGAAACUGGACGACACAUUGUCAGUCUUCUAGAUAAAGAUGGAAAUGCCAAGUUGGGACUGGUUGAAUUCCACAUGCUUUGGAUGAAGAUCCAGAAAUACUUGGAAAUUUUCAAGAGUUACGACUCAGACCGCUCUGGAACUAUGAGUUCACAUGAGAUGAGAGGUGCUCUGACAGAAGCAGGCUUCCACAUCAACAGUGCAGUGCUGCAGGUCAUCGUGAAUCGUUAUGCCAGCGCCCACUAUGCCAUCGACUUUCACUGUUUCGUGGACUGUCUCAUCAGAGUUGAAAUGCUCUUCAAGAUGUUUAAAACUCUGGAUACCAACGCCUCUGGGAAGAUUGAGUUGAUGUGUCCCAA